CACACGAUUCCCGCAACCGAAACAGGGCGCUCGGACCGCGGGGCAAAGCUGAUGGCGACCACUGGGAUUGCUUUGACGCUGCCGACAAGGCCGAGGCCGUUCGCCUCGCAUACGCUGUCGGCCAAUGUCUUUCGUUCUCGGCGAAUUCAACAUGCCGAUGCAUGUCGCCUCCAUUUUCAUCGUACUCGUCAUUUCUGCUCUGGGUGUCUACCUCCCCACUAUCGCCGGUUGGUUCGUGAAGGACUCCAAUGGCGCCAAGUCUGUAGGACACCUUGAUGCUGCCUCAUUCGGCCGCGAAUACGGCUUCUGGCGCAAUGUCUUCUUCCUCGUCCGCCACUUCGGCACGGGCGUCAUCAUUUCCACCGCCUUUGUGCACCUGCUCUACCACGGAUUCCUUAUGUGGAAUGACAGGUGUCUUGGCACUCUCCUCUUCGCGCCGGUAGCACCGACAAUUGCGAUGGUCGGUGCCCUCAUUACCUUCGCCCUUGACUUCGUCGCCUCCCAUGCAGCUGAGAAGCGCUUCGGCGUUGGUGGUCUUAACUCACCGUCGCCCGUCAGCGUAACUCCUGACCACCACAGUGUCGCCGACACCCACAGCCAUGCUGAGAAGGCCACCACCUCCCACGCCCACGACGGCUGCUGCCCUGACCCCGAGGCCGCCAUUCUCGCUUGGCAGAACAAGGAGCUUUGGCGCGUACUCCUCCUUGAGGCCGGUAUUAUUUUCCACUCCGUCAUGAUCGGUGUCACCCUUGGCGCCGACUCAUCCUCCUCCUGGACCACUCUCUUUAUCGUCAUCAUUUUCCACCAGUUCUUCGAAGGUGCCGCCCUCGGCGCGCGGCUUGCCCUCCUCCACUGGCUCAGCAAGACCCACUCCUUCCUUCAGGCAUCCAUGUUUAUGAUCGUUACCCCCAUUGGCAUCGCGAUCGGCAUCGGAGUCCGUAAAUCAUUCUCGGCCAAUGGCACAGCAGCUCUCAUUUCCAUCGGCGUUCUUGACUCAACAUCCGCCGGUAUUCUGCUGUACACCUCAUUCAAGCUCCUCGCCGCCGACUACGUCGACGGUCCUCUCAAAAACGCCAACAAGAAGAGACUAUUUGCAUCCUUCUUCUGUCUCUUCCUCGGCAUUCUCGCCAUGACCAUUCUUGGCCGAUGGGUCUAAGGCUCAAACAAAUCCACCCCUUACGCCCCAAACACGCGCAACGCUUACGCGACGGACAAUACACGAAACUCUUGUAUAUUAGGUGUGAUUGGCAGACACGACAUAGAUACUAGCGUCAUGAUGUACACGCAUAGACUGUCCAGGAG